AUGCCGCGAUAUACGGUACCGACCACGCUACCCGUCGCAAUCGACAAUGGCAAGAUCUACCUUCAGACCGUCGUUCAAGAUCCACCAUCCCUCGCCUCCUCAGCAACGUCUUGUCGAGGUCUCGCUAUCGUCGCACAUCCCUUUGGACGACUCGGAGGCUCGCUUGAUGAUCCCGUCGUAACGCAUCUCGCUUCUUUGCUGCUGACGCAUGCGCAUCUACGCGUGGUGAGGUUCAAUUCCCGCGGUGUCGGCAAGUCCGGCGGCUCGCCGAGCUGGACGGGCAAGUCCGAAUCGAGUGACUUUCAGGAACUUCUGUCGAGGUGCAUCGACAACUUCUGCCUCGACUUUCCGGAAAGCUCCGCCGCCCAAGUGGUGAUCGCAGGGUAUUCGGCAGGCGCUCUGUAUGCGAGCACAGUCAAGGUGCCGACAGCGAUCUACGAUCUGAAACAGUUUCGAGGUGCGAAACAACCGAGGUACAUCCUGAUCAGCUUCCCGGCGGGCGUCACGUGGGCACUCAGCUUCUUCACCAGCAAGACGUACACCGACGCUCUGAAGAAGCUGCUCGCCAGCGAUACGAUACCAGGCACCACGGCCGGAACGACAGAGGACGAGGGCGAGGCGAAAGCUGCAGCUAGGUCGGUAGAGUCCACGCCUAGUGUAGACGGUGCUUCGCUGCCGGUGGCCAGCCAUGUGCUUGCUGUCUAUGGCGAUCAGGAUCAGUUUACGGGGCUCGGAACGUACGAUACUUGGGUGGAGGGAUGCAGCUCGGUAGCGGCGUCAGCGUCAAAGCAGGAGAGAGGUUCUACAUUUCAUCACGUGCUGAUCGAAGGCGCGGAUCAUUUUUACCGCUCCGGCCAGGCGAUGGAGGCUCUGGACAAGGCUGUCGUCGAAUGGUAUGAUGGGCUUCUCACGUAG